AUGGAAUCCCCUACGUCUUAUGAACCAGCUCUUGUUUACGAAUGGAUUAUUGAAAUUGUUCAAGGUACACAACGCGAACAAGCACUGGUGGAAUUAUCACGUAAACGCGAGCAAUACGAAGAUUUGGCUCUGAUUCUUUGGCAUUCUUAUGGCGUUAUGACCGCGUUAUUACAAGAAAUUAUCAGUGUCUACCCACUCCUUAAUCCCCCUACCUUGACAGGGCCGACAUCGAACCGUGUUUGUAAUGCGUUAGCUUUGUUGCAAUGUAUCGCCUCUCAUCCUGAAACAAGAAUUCAUUUUUUGAAUGCUCACAUCACUCUCUUUUUGUACCCUUUUCUUAAUACCCUAUCCAAGUCCAAACCGUUUGAAUACCUUCGGUUGACUAGUUUAGGUGUCAUUGGUGCCCUCGUUAAAAACGAUUCUCCCGAAGUCAUCAAUUUUCUUCUUUCUACUGAAAUUAUUCCUUUGUGUCUUCGUAUCAUGGAAAACGGCUCUGAGCUCUCCAAAACAGUUGCCAUCUUCAUCGUCCAAAAAUUCCUUUGCGAUGAUGUUGGCUUGCAAUACAUUUGCCAAACAUAUGAACGCUUUUAUGCCGUUGCUUCCGUACUGAAUAAUAUGGUUUUACAACUUGUGGAUUCUUUUGCUUUUCGCUUGUUGAAGCAUGUCAUUCGCUGCUACCUUCGUUUAAGUGAUAAUCCUCGUGCAAGAGAAGCUUUGCGCCAUUGCUUGCCCGAACCUCUCCGUGAUGCCACUUUUGCCCAUGUCUUAAAAGACGACCAUAACACCAAGAAGUGUUUGGCUCAAUUAUUAAUCAAUUUGUCUGACGUCGCUGUCGUGAAUCCUUAA